AUGUGUUUCGGCAGUCGCAAAAAUAAUGAGGAGGGCAAUACUCGGUCGAAGGAGCUCGACAAGAUCAUUCGACAAGAUGAGAAGCGCAUGGCACGGGAAGUCAAAUUGCUCCUUUUAGGUGCCGGAGAGUCGGGAAAGUCAACAGUUCUCAAGCAGAUGAAGUUGAUUUACGCGCAAGGUUUUAGCAAAACGGAAAAGUUAGAAUGGAAGCCCGUUGUGUUCAGCAAUGUCAUCCAAUCGAUGCGCAUAAUCUUCGAUGCCAUGGCCGAUUAUAAAAUCGAUUUCGAAAAUAAAGACAACGAGAAAAAUCAAGCCUUGCUCCUUGCAGACCUCGAAAUUUCGCCUCACGACCCUCUUCCCCAGGAAUAUCUUGUACCUGUCAAAGCCCUUUGGGCCGACGACGGAGUACAGAAGGCUAUUCAAAAGGGCAACGAAUAUGCUCUCCACGACAACUUAGCAUAUUUCUGCGAAGAUGCGGAUCGUCUCUGGGCUCCCGAAUAUGUCCCUACUGACCAGGAUCUUCUGCGAUCGCGUCUGAGGACAACCGGCAUUACGGAGACCAUUUUCGACCUAGGCCAGCUGACAUACCGAAUGUUCGACGUGGGUGGUCAAAGAUCGGAACGGAAGAAAUGGAUUCACUGUUUCGAGAACGUAACUUGUCUACUGUUUCUGGUCGCGAUCAGCGGUUACGACCAAUGCCUGGUUGAAGAUAAGGACGGUAACCAAAUGAACGAAGCCCUUAUGCUCUGGGAAUCUAUUGCAAAUUCGCACUGGUUCACCAAGUCGGCCCUUAUCCUCUUCCUUAACAAGAUGGAUCUCUUUAGGGAGAAGAUCGCAUCGAGUCCGAUAACUUCGCAUGGCUUUGUCGACUACCAAGGCCCGCCUGACGAUUACAAGCAAGCAAGCAAGUACUUUAUGGACAAAUUCAGGGCUCUCAACCGAAACCCGGAAAAGGAAAUUUAUGGUCACUUCACUAACGCGACGGAUACGAACUUGCUUAAAAUUACAAUGGGUUCGGUGCAGGACAUGAUCAUUCAGCGCAAUCUGAAGCAGUUGAUACUGUGA